AUGAGCCUCAUUAAUCAAAAGUUGGUGCAGGCUAAGGAGCACAGGAGGAACAUGCACACUGUUUUCCAAUACCUGCAACAGACUGUCUGCUGCAUCAGUAUCAUCUGUUUUUCCACUGUGACCAUUAGAGCACUGAGCACCCAACUUCCUGUUAUGCAUGUCAACAAUGACAGUCUGGUGUUGAUUUGGAAAAAGUAUCAAGUCCCAGAUUUUGUACAUUUGGAACCUAGAAGUUAUAACACAGUUGCUUGUGAGGUCCAAUCAAGGGGUUUCAUUGCAAAGACUGAUGAGAUGUACCAAAACACAGUUGCCAAUCAGGCUUGCAAACUUAGGGCAUUUCUAGAGCCCCCAACCAAACCAUUGGACCCUGCACACCCAUCUGAAGGAUUUGUGGCCAUGCAGAAUGACAACAACAAAGAAGUUAUGCACCAAGUCAUCAAUGAGUUAUGUUGUGAUGAAGUUAUCUUCCAACAUUGCAAAACCUCAAUGAUCCUGCCAAGAUUUGGAAUGUGA